AUGAUUACUUCGACUCCAUGUUAUGCACAAGCUAACGGGCAAGUAGAAGCGGCGAAUAAGAUAUUAAUAGGCCUGAUUAAAAAGCAUAUCGGAAAUAAGCCUCGAACAUGGCACGAAACUUUAAGUCAAAUAUUAUGGGCUUAUCGAAAUUCACCAAGAGGUUCGACAGGGACUUCGCCUUAUAAGUUGGUGUUUGGCCAUGAUGCAGUAUUGCCAUUGGAAAUUAAUUUGAAUACUUUAAGAGUAUUAAGACAAAAUGAAUUUCCGGUCGAUGAUUAUUGGAAUGAAAUGUUUGAUGAGUUGAAUGAGUUAGAUUCAGAACGAAUCUUGGCGCUCGAAAAUGUUAUUCGACAGAAGGAGAGUAUUGCUCGGAGUUAUAAUCGUCGAAUUAAAGAAAAGUAUUUUAAGAUAGGCGAGUUAGUUUUGAAAGUUAUUUUACCUAUGGAAAAGAAAUCGAAAUUUUUGGGUAAGUGGUCCCAUAAUUGGGAAGGUCCCUUCUAG